AUGCAUCGCUGGUUCCCUCUUCGACCACCAUGUAUCCUGCCAACAGGGAUCACAACACAAAUUUCGUUAAACACAAAAAUGAAAUCAAAAAGCACUUCACAUAUCCCCGCUUUCCAGAAAUUCCGAACUAUAAAUAUCAGCUGCCUCCCCAUAUUCCCAGGCCCCGGUGAAUUCCUUCGUUCCUGCACAGCACCCACAUAUUUCACCUCCACCAUUCACGGAAUUUCCUCGUAUACCAUGUCAUAUCUAGAAAAGGCACGGAAUUUGCAUCUCCCCGACAACGAAGAUGCCUCGUACCAGCUUUUGGCGGAAUUCCUAGCCCUGCUUCCUCGUCCGUGUCUGGAAUUGGACUCAGUAGCACAUGUCGUAUCGCAAUUGGACCUCGGGAAACACAAAGAUAUCGUCAAUUUGUGCCUUUUGGAACUAUGGAUGUACUUCCCGCAAGAAGGACCGCGCCGUGAUAUGGUAGACCCCUUAGUCCGAGCGCUCUCGCAUCUCUCUCCGACUAGUUUGGGAAAUGACGAAAAACACACUUUGGCUCUGAUCAAGUACUACGAUCUCGUCUCCGAUUAUCAGUACUUGUUUGGAAACGUGUCAAUUCUCAAGUUGACGGAACUCAUCACUAAAAAAUUGACGGUGUUGUCGUCCGCCCAGGCCCUGAGCUUUGUAGUUGACUCAAUUCAUGUAAAAGUAGCCAUGUACUAUUUGUUGUGCGGUACAGAUCAUCGCAAAAAGGUGGUACAGCGGUAUUUGGAGGAGAAGCAGGUCUUUGGUCUCUUUCCGCUGGAGCUUGUGCAGCUUUUGGAGCCUCUAAUGGGAACAGCACUUACGCCUUACGCAGAGUUCCGCCGAUACUUGGAGUAUCUUAAGACGACGCAAUAUCCAAUGGCAACUGUGGUCACCCAGCACGAGCAGGUUCUAGUCAGAAAGUUUCUUGAUUGCAAGAUGUUGAAGCUUCCGCGGUACUAUCUGUCGAUUAGCUUUGACAGAAUCCAGCGGCUCUUGACAAACGACGAGAUUGAGCUUGAUACCGAAGACUUCGUCUACGAAAUAGUCAUGGCACACAAGCUUCCGGAGGGCACACGCGUAGACCAGGUCGACAAAAUGGUGUAUUUUGGGGAUGAUACCAAGAAACACGACCCACUAAACCUGAGAGCAAAGACAAUAUGUGAUCUUGUGAACUCCCUUUGA